CCUUCUUGGGCAAAAGGCUGGCGUAAUAGAAAACAGACACGAGUCAGAAUGUGAGGCAUUCACAGGAGAAAGAGUUCAGUUCCGUCCUCACUGAGUGGAUAAGUCAGGAGAGGAUAAACAGAAAAGGCUAAGUAGUCUUAUUAUACAAUGUUUGUUGUUUUUACUAUGUGGGGGAGAUUAUGUUGUUGGUAGCUAGUGUGUCACAGCAUCAGAUCAGGAUCAGGAUGGACCCUCCAUGCCAUCGGCACGGACUUGGCACGGGAUGGCCGUGAAAAUGUGGACAAAGUUAUGUCUYAACAGAGUGUGCAGUGCAACUUCUUCUCCAGAUUCUAGUUGAAAAGCCUCUAUGACCACCAUGAGCUGGAGCUUUCUCACGCGUCUUCUGGAAGAGAUCCACAACCAUUCCACCUUUGUGGGGAAAGUGUGGCUCACGGUGCUCAUCAUAUUCCGCAUUGUGCUGACCGCUGUGGGGGGCGAGUCCAUCUACUCUGACGAGCAGACCAAGUUCACCUGUAACACCAAGCAGCCCGGUUGUGACAACGUGUGCUACGAUGCCUUCGCCCCKCUCUCACAUGUCCGCUUCUGGGUUUUCCAGAUCAUCAUGAUCUCCACCCCCUCGGUAAUGUACCUGGGCUACGCCAUCCACAAGAUAGCCCGCACCUCCGAGUUGGAGCGCCGGAAGUUCCACCGCCGGAAGAAGCUCAUUCAUGCUCAAAGGUGGACGGAAAGCCACCCGCUUGAGGAGGUGCUGGAGGAGGAUGAGGACAACAAUGCAGAGCCUAUGAUCUACCAGGAGGAGAUGGUGGAAGCUCAAGAAGUCAAGCCUGAGCCGGACAAGCCGCAGAAACAUGACGGCCGCCGGCGGAUCAUGCAAGAGGGCCUGAUGAGAAUCUAUGUCCUUCAGCUACUGUCCCGGGCCGUGUUUGAGAUCGGRUUCCUGGUGGGCCAGUAUCUUCUCUAUGGCUUCCGUGUUAAUUCAUCAUAUGUGUGCAAUAAGGUGCCCUGUCCCCACAAUGUAGACUGCUUUAUUUCUCGGCCGACGGAGAAGACCAUCUUCCUGCUCAUCAUGUAUGUCGUCAGCUGCCUCUGCCUGCUCCUCAACGUGUGUGAGAUGUUCCACUUGAGCAUUGGAACAUUCCGAGACACUCUCCGCAAGAGGAGGAAUCAGGGGGGUCGACAGCCCUCGUAUAGUUACCCGUACUCCCAUAACAUCCCCGCAUCUCCCCCCGGGUACAACCUGGUCAUGAAGUCAGACAGGCCCAACCGGAUUAUCCCCAACAGUCUAAUUAUGCACCAUGAGCAGAACAUGGCCAACGAUGUCCAGGAACAUAAACAAGAGUGCACCAGUCCAGAUGACAACAUCCCCUCGGACCUGGCCAGCCUGCACCGCCACCUACGGGUGGCCCAGGAGCAGCUCGAAAUGGCCUUCCAGACCUACAACACCAACAAGAACCAGCCCACCUCGAGGACAAGUAGUCCUGGAAGCACCAUGGCAGAGCAAAUCAGGGUCAACACAACCCAGGAGAAACAAGGAGCCAGGCCGAAAUCAGCCACUACAGAGAUUGCUGGGACCGUUGUAAAAAAUGGAAAGAGUUCUGUAUGGAUUUAGGAAUUAUUAACUUCACAUGGUACAGUAAUCGUAGUGAAAAGUAAUUUUCAAUCUCCAGGACCAUAUUCUGUGGAUAAUGGAAGAUGUGAAAUGAGACAAGAUAGUUAAAAGCUUUGGAGCGUGAAUCGAUUGCACUGCCUGAAUAGAUUUAGCUUUGUCACAAGGAGAAACCAGCAGUGUGAUGUGUCGGAUCAGGAGCACACAAAAUAUGCACUAUUUACAUGCGAUAUCAAAACAAUGGUAAACAUAAAAAGGAAAAACAAACAUGAAGAUAUCACUAAAUACAGUAAUAGUGUAUCCUAUUAUUAGGGUGUCUUUUUGUGCUUUAAAUAACAUAGCUUGAACAUAGUUAAUAUAUGCAUAUGUUGCUUAGUCAAACAUUUCUUAUUUUAGCUACUUACAAAUAUAGGGAGAUUUAAAAUGAACCAUGAUGGCAAUAUAUUUUGAAUUAUUUUUACUGGGAUUAUUAAUUUAACCUUGCUUUUGAACUGGAUUAAUUUGACAGAAUAUAUUUAUAAUGUCUUUAAAACUAUAACAAUAUGCAAGUGUGUCUAUUUUAAAUUGUGACUAGUUAAAAGCAAUACCGUGGUAAGCACAUUUUAAUGGCACUACGAUUGAAUCCUGAUGAUGUUUAAGAAAAGGACAGUGAACCAAAUGUGAAAAGUAAUCUAGAAAUUCCUAACUGUUCAGAUUUGCACUUGGAACCUUUUAACUAAUUUUGAGUUGUAUUAAGACAUUUAAAAAAAUAUGCAUUAACAAUUUAUUUGAGGAAGAAAUGCUGGAUAUGUAUGGGUUAGGUUGAAAGAUAAGAUGUGAAAUGUUAUAGGACAAAUGGUGUUCCAUCAGCAGAAGUUUGAGCAACACUGUUCUCCGUAGAGUAAGAUUUUAUUUCACUCUACUUUUCAAAGCUUUGUUGUAAGAUUACAUUUUUAUUUAGCAUUCUGCAGUGUCGGAAUAAAUUAGUUAAAGAAGAAGUGAAAGAAAAAGGUAAGUAGGUUGUUGUUUUGAAAAUUUGAACGACCAAUUUCUGAUAGUUUCUGCUGUUUUUGUGGGCCAAAUAAUGAAUUAAUUUACUUUGCUACAUUUUAACACAAUGUACAUAUACAGUACAUUGCACAUAGUAGAAG